GGCGCGGGAGGGGAGUUGAUUCGGGGGAAGAUGGCGGCGGCUCUGGUGGAGUUCCAGCGGGCGCAGUCCCUGGUCAGCACCGACCGCAACGCGUCCAUCGACAUCCUGCACAGCAUCGUGAAGCGCGAUAUCCAGCAGGACGACGAGGAGGCUGUGCGCGUGAAGGAGCAGAGUAUCCUCGAGCUGGGCUCACUUCUGGCAAAGACAGGACAGGCAGCUGAGCUGGGAGGAUUACUGAAGUAUGUCAGGCCAUUCCUCAAUUCCAUCAGUAAAGCCAAGGCUGCUCGUUUGGUUCGAUCUCUCCUCGACUUGUUUCUAGACAUGGAGGCGGCAACUGGUCAAGAGGUUGAAUUGUGUUUAGAGUGCAUCGAAUGGGCAAAGGUUGAGAAGAGGACGUUUCUACGCCAGGCAUUGGAGGCUCGCUUGGUUUCUCUGUAUUUCGACACUAAGAGGUAUCAGGAGGCAUUACAAUUAGGGUCACAAUUGCUCCGGGAGCUGAAGAAGAUGGAUGACAAGGCGCUGCUGGUCGAGGUGCAGUUGAUGGAGAGCAAGACGUAUCACGCUCUGAGUAACCUUCCCAAAGCUCGAGCUGCCCUGACCUCGGCCCGGACCACAGCCAACGCCAUCUACUGCCCCCCCAAACUACAGGCUGCUCUGGACAUGCAGUCAGGUAUUAUUCACGCCGCGGAGGAGAAGGACUGGAAGACGGCCUAUUCCUAUUUCUAUGAGGCAUUUGAGGGUUACGACUCCAUCGAUAGCCCCAAAGCCAUCACUGCACUGAAGUACAUGCUGCUCUGCAAAAUCAUGUUAAAUACACCUGAGGACGUUCAGGCGUUGGUGAGUGGGAAGCUGGCCCUCCGGUAUGCAGGAAGGCAGACCGACUCGUUAAAAUGUGUGGCGCGUGCGAGUAAGAACCGGUCACUGGCAGACUUUGAAAAGGCUUUGAAAGACUUUGAGGCAGAGCUGAGGGAUGAUCCCAUCAUCGCCACACACCUGGCAAAGUUGUACGAUAACUUACUGGAGCAGAAUCUUAUCCGAGUGAUCGAGCCUUUCUCCAGAGUCCAGCUAGAACACAUAGCAACCCUCAUCAAGCUCUCCAAGGGGGAUGUGGAAAGGAAACUCUCUCAGAUGAUCCUGGACAAGAAGUUUCACGGUAUCCUAGACCAAGGCGAGGGAGUCCUGAUUGUUUUUGACGAGCCUCCAGUAGACAAAACGUAUGAAACUGCGCUUGAAACUAUCCAGAAUAUGAGUAAAGUAGUGGACUCGCUUUACAACAAGGCAAAGAAACUAACAUAGAGCGAGCACCGUGCGUGCCGGAGUUGGCGUGUGUGACAGAAGAGAGAGAGAGAGAGAGAGAGAGGCGCUUGGAGAAGUGCUAGGAUUUUUUUCAGUGUGUCCCACUUUCAGAAUGAAAGUUUUUAAAUCCCUCGUCAAACUCAUUCUGUUCAGAGCAAGUUUGUUCCAGUUUGAUGUAGCCUUCACCCAGCAGGUUAUCGGGGAUGGUAUGACUUCUUUUUUUAAGAAAAAAAAUCCUUUGUCAUAUUUUGUCCUGACUUACCAUUACCUGAGAGUUUACUGAGACUCUUUGUUUUUUUGGUUUGAUUUUGACCCUGUGCUAUCUCUGGACCUGGCUGAUAUCACACUGCUUUUUACAUCUGACUUGUUUUCCAGCGGUUGCCCCCACACGUAACAUACCGUCUCUCGGUUUGGUUCCUUACCAUCAAUAUCAAAUGUACAAACGGUUCUCGCUAACCAACAAAUUAUCAGGUAUAUCUGAUGUUCAGAUGAGUUCAUAAUAAAAAGAAAAAAAAGUGUU